UAAACAAUACACGAUGUAUAUCUGACUGCAGACUACAAUUAACAUUAGAAAGCAUCAUUGACGACAUCGUCACAAAGAAGUCAACAGUAUAUCAGAUUUUGCGACAAUUGCUAUGAAGCCGUGACACAAUAUAAAUAUGCAGAAUAAAUCAAAUAUUUAUACAAUAAACAAUGUUGCGCCACCUUCAUACGCAGAGGCAACAGGAGUAUCUGCAUUAGAGACACACAAUCCACAAUUUGACCAAAGAUAUCCACAUAUGGUAGUCUAUUCACCAUCAACGUCGUUUCCGUAUUCGUACUCGCCGAAUUGUUAUCUGGAUAGAACACCUGUUCAAUCAACUCAUCCACAAUAUGAUUUGCCGGAAUGGCAAAGGCAACCAACUAGCACAAGUUACAACAGAACAUUAAUAACAAAAACUGAAUAUGAAAAACAUUGCAGGAAACUUAUUGCAGUGCUUAUAGUAUCAAUAUGUGUUAUCACAUUUAUAGGGAUUGUUUAUAUAGUCGUUAUGCAAGAACUUGCUAUAAAAUGGGUCAUUGCCACCCAUAAACCAACGGAAUGA